CCUCCCGCGCACACACGGCCAUGGCGGAGGCCUCCUCACUGGAGAGGCAGAGCCCUGGUGCGGCCUCCUGCCUGCCUCACAGUCUGUGCCCUGGGGAGCCCAACUUGCAGACCACAGCAGUGGUGUCCAUGGGCUCUGCGGACCAUCAGUUCCACCUGGCGGAGAUCCUGUCGCAGAACUACGGCGUCCGGGAGGAACACGAGGGUGCAGCGCAAGGCCCAGAGAAGCCGGGGGAGGAGCUGGAGAAGGACUUCGUCUCCCAGAGCAGUGACAUGCCUCUUGACGAGCUAUUGGCCUUGUACGGCUACGAGACCUCAGAGCCCAUCUCGGAGCGGGAGAGCGAGGGCAGCGAUACCGCAGCCCACCUGCCCGACAUGACCCUGGACAAGGACCAAAUAGCGAAGGAUUUGCUUUCAGGGGAAGAAGAGGAAGAAACACAGUCCUCGGCCGAUGACCUCACCCCAUCUGUGACCUCUCACGAGGCUUCCGACCUUUUCCCUAGUCAGAGUGGAUCCUGCUUCCUGGCUGACGCGGACAAGGAGCCUGGCUCCUCCAGCUCAUCAGACGCUGAGGAGGACCCGCUUCCCGCCAACAAGUGUAAGAAGGAAAUCAUGGUUGGGCCUCAGUUCCAAGCGGACCUCAGCAACCUGCACUCGAACCGGCAUGGUGAGAAGAUCUAUGAGAAUGAAGACCAGCUGCUCUGGGACCCCAACAUCCUUCCCGAGAGGGAGGUGGAGGAGUUCCUGUACCGGGCAGUGAAGCGGAGGUGGCACGAGAUGGCCGGGUCUCAGCUUCCGGAGGGAGAGGCCGUGAAGGACAGCGAGCAGGCACUGUAUGAGCUGGUGAAGUGCAAUUUCAAUGCGGAGGAGGCCCUGCGGAGGCUGCGGUUCAACGUGAAGGUGAUCCGAGACGGGUUGUGCGCCUGGAGUGAGGAGGAGCGCCGCAACUUCGAGCAUGGCUUCCGCGUGCAUGGCAAGAACUUCCACCUGAUCCAGGCUAACAAGGUGCGCACGCGGUCAGUGGGCGAGUGCGUGGAAUACUAUUAUCUGUGGAAGAAGUCCGAGCGCUAUGACUACUUCUCUCAGCAGACACGGCUAGGCCGCCGGAAGUACGGCCCGUCAGGAAACACGGAUGCUGACCAGGACCUGGAGGGCAGUGACCCUGAUGGCCCUGGCCGCCCCCGCUCAUCGCCACCCCUGCCCUUGCCUGCUGUUGCCCACGGCCUGGGCCCUGAGCAUGACCGCUUGGCUCAGAUGCACGUGGAGCCCCUGAGCAUGGGCAGCAGCAUGUCCCGGAGUCUUGGCGAGCCUGGGGAGGCCCUGGACGCACCCCCAUCCUCAGAGCCAGGGCCUCGUUCUUUCCCGCCACUGGACGAGCCCUCAGCGCUGCCGUUGCCUCGGCGGCCCCCAGCCCUGGCUGAGCCGGCCUUCUUCCCGCCCGCCACGGCCGCUCCAGAGCCCGGUGCCAGCCCAAGGCUGGCUGUGGACUUGACCCUGCCUGAGGAGCUGCCGCUCGUCUCCAGCCACGAGGACACAGAUGGAGAGCCUGAGGAGACUGUGGGCCCUCCGCAAGUGGCCUUGUCGGUGGCCGAGUUUGGACUCAUCGGCAUCGGGGACGUGAACCCCUUCCUGGCCUCCCACCCUGCAUGCCCGGCCCCUGGGCUGCACUCGGAGCCCUUGUCACACUGUAAUGUGAUGACCUGUUGAUCCCUGGCCACAGGCGGGCAUGUAGCUGGACUGGACUUGGGGCCACUGCGAGGCCUGCCUGUCAGUCUUCCCGACCCCUCCUUUUUUUGCGGGCCGUGAGUGGCGUCUCUUCUGCUCAGAACUCUUCGAGGACCAGGGUGAGCAGGGCCCUCCCAUGCCACACACCACGUGACCCAGGCUCCACGCCCACCCUGGGAUUCAUCAGGCGGCCGGGCCUGGAGGGCCGGCCUGUCCAGCAACAGAGACCCCGCCAGGGACAGGGGAGACAGGCCGGAUGCCGCACCACCAGCAGCCUCCGCCGGGCACCCUCAGCACUCUGCUCACUCGUCUCUUGCGCCCGGCUGGACUAUGGGCCGCCCCGGCCCAGGCUUGGGGCAGCUGCUACUCGGUGCCAAACCCCGUGGGGCGCAGAGCCAUAUACCUCGAUGCUGGCCCUGCCCUGCUGUCCGCCCGCUCUCCACUUCAGGAAAAGCUGCACUUUACGCACCCCACCCCCACCCCCUGGGUCCUUGGCUGCCUCGGGUGUGGGUCUGAGGACAUGGGACUCACACCCCUCGGCACCGAGGCCCUUUCCGAGUUGCACCGGGGGCCCGGCUCCAGCCCAUUUCCCUGACCGAGGAGGUUGUGUUUUUGUUGAGGUCCCAGUGGGACCGCUGGGGUCCUGGACCUUCUCCUCUCCAGCCGCCUUGUUUUAUUUAUGUUUCUGUUUACAAAUGGGAGUGGGGUCCUCUGGGGGCAGGGCAGCGCUCCCACCCCGUGUCACCAGGGGGGCUUUGGCUUGAUCCAUCCACAGGGCUGGACUAGACCUUCCCUUGCCCCACCAAGGACCACACUGUGAAGUGACACUGCCUUGACCCCCUUGCUGUUUUAUUUAUUAAACUUGGUUUG